GUUUCUUACAAAAUUGCUGUUACCAUGAGAACUGCCUCAGCAUUCAAGCAACAAAGCAACAUAAAGCAGUAGGAAAUGAACAUUAAAUAAGAAGGAAGUAAAACAGCACUGAGCAUUGCCUGUCAGUACUGCCGUGCACCUUAUUCUUCUGAAAGCACUCCAAAUCAGCAGCUAAAAGAAAACUUAGGAGAGAAGGAGCUUUGAAAGUUCAAAAAUAGGUUUAACAUUCAUAACAGUCACGAUAUACCUAAUGAUACUAGGGAUACAGUGAGUCUCAAAAUGGACAAGUUGGAAAAGGGUUCUGGAUUCAGGAGAAAUACCUCGGUUAGGUCUCAGCAACCAGCAACCACAUCUCUGGGGCAACCAGCCUCAGCUCCAUCUGCGUCUCUUAGCAGCACCCAGCCCAGAAGAUCUGUCACACAACCGGCUACUCGGGCCCGGGCAGAUGAGCAGGCAGCACUGCAGCAGGACCAGGUUCAACAGGAUAAGAUCUGGAGAGAGUCUGUGGAGGCUGAACAGAGAGGAAGAAAAAUCUGGUACCAGAACUGGAGUUUCCUAAAGGACUAUGACCAAAUGGGUAAGAAAAGGGAGCAGAAGCCACUGCCAAACUAUAUGCCUGUGUUCUCAAGCAAAGUUCCCAACUCAACCAACCAGGUUAUUGGCAGUCGAAUGAAUACUGACCUUGGCAGGGAUUUGGUAAACAUGGAUUACUUCUUCAGCACUGGAGCACGGAAGAGGAAACUUGAUGGUGAGCUCCAGCCUUCCUAGUGCUUUGAGAGACCGAUACUACUCUUUAGCAUGGAUUUUCUUUCAAGAGCAAAGAUGGAUGUUGUCCAACAAUGCCACAGGAGACAAACCUCUUUCUAUUUCGGGUGGUGGAGCCAUAUAAAGAGGGUUAGAACUACAGACCUCAUCCAUCUUCCCAUGCAGUCUACAGUAAGGUUGCCACUAACAUCAGACAGAUCAAGAUUACACCCAAAAGGCAAUUUCUCCUUAAAUUUUUAUCUCCUGAAAAUAAACAAUUAAUGAAGAUCUGCUCAGAUGAAUCCCAACAUAAAAAACAUGUUUUCAGUUCUGAAAGUCAGUGCAAUAAAAUCAGCAGCUUGUUGCAUUUCCUGUAAUUAGCCAAGGAUUCAUCAGCUCUGUCAUCUGCAUGUUUAAGCUUGCUCUAAAUAAUAAAAUUUAAGGUACAUGA